AUGAUUUUCGAGAUGUCUUACGGCGAAUCAACACUGCUACAACAACCAGACGAUGGGAUUAAGAAGAAGACUAUGAAACGACUCACUUGCCGAAAAUGCGAAGGCCAUGGAUUCAUCUCCGUGCUAAAAGGUCAUGCAGCCGUAUGUCCAUUCAAUGAAUGCAACUGUGAUCGGUGCUCCUCAGUGAUGAGUAUGCGUGCAAAUGCACUCAUUCGCCGCUUCCGUCACCGACAACCUGGACAGAAUUCUGCUGUGCUGAAAACAAUACGUUCAAAAAAUGGCAACAUGCGAUUGAGAAUCGUUCCAAAGGGCGAUCAAGUUGAAGAAGGCACCACGAUCACAUACACAGACGAGUCGUCCGCACGAGCAUACGUAGUCUCGUCCGCUCUCUCCGGCUCCAUGUCCGGAUCCUCUUCACCAUCUCUCCCUACCAGCCCUCCUCUACUACCUCCUACCGCUUCACCACCAGUACUCCCAGGAAAUGAAAUUCUUAUGGAAUACCUCCAACAGAUGCUGCAAGCAAAGCUCCUUGCCGAUCUGCUCGCACAGCAAGCCUCAUCCAUGGAUCUCACAAAGUCCGUUGCUACUUCUCCAGAGCCCCCAAUUUCCCCACUUCUGGCCCAAACCCUUCUACUCUCCCAGCUCCAGCCACUCCAGCAAUUUUUACCAAUUCUCUAG